GUGUCUGCAGCAGACACAGGCAGUGGGGCUUUGCUAAAGCACAGGACUUGUUCCUGCCUUCAGAAAAUUUUAAACAGCAGCAGCAGCAGAGGGUUGGCACUUUGGAAAUGAUCCCUGGACGUCUUACCCAUGAAGAGUAAGGUUAGAAGAGGAGGAGGGACGGAUGUUGCGCAAGCCGGUUUUCUUUUUCCUGAACGGCGAGUGAGCUUGGAACACCUGAACCUGAUAUGCCAACUGAAAUCUCUCAUGCGGUGAGAAUGCAUGCCAUCCCCGGCUUCCAUUCUUCGCUGACAGUGCGACUUCUCAACAAAGGUCCAGAGUACCUUCGCAAGCAGAUGGAGGCAGGCACCCCUGGUAGGAAGAGCGCUGUGGAAAGGCUGGCAGCAGAUAAGGCCAAGUAUGUAAAAAGUCAGCAGGUAAUGAGUACCAAGCAGGGGCCGAUCUCUGCCUUGAGCUCUGCUUCUGAGAGCAGUUGUGAGAGCAGUUCUGUGGAAAGUAAAAAAGUCAAUAACAACUCGAGUGAGGGGAAAAGCAUCAAAAUCACAGAACAAGUUAACAAGGUGGACUUGGGCCCAGCUCCCCUGGAGCACGGCCCUCCCAUAGCCAGGCGCAGCAGCUCCAAGAGGCAAAUUAGACCAGACUCCUUAGUGAUCUAUCGCCAGAAAUGUGAAUUUGUGAGAGGCCAGAGCAAUGAGAACAGUCGUGGGAGUUUGGUCAGAAGGUUGUUCCAGGGGUCUUUCAAGGAAAAGCAGCUGGUUUCUGAGGCAUCCAAAGCCAUUCUGAAGGAAGAUAUUCUACCCACAACAGAGGGGAGUCUACUCAUUGAAGACGUGGUCGAUAAACUUGACGCAGCAGGGCAGAAUACAACCACAAACACAACAGCUGUUCUUGCCAGCAGAUGUGAGAAUGCCCCAAAUCGGACCGUGGCACCUUAUGAAGUAAAGGAAGUGAGAAGGAAAGGUCUGCAUCGGUCCCAAUCGGACAUUACUUCUCGAUACUCAAAAUCUUUCUCUGAGUUUGACACCUUCUUUAAGUACUGUGGCCUUGAACCUGAAGUCAUAGAGGACCUUGGGCAAGAGAACUUUUCUGUGGCUUCGGACAACGUCUCUUUCCGUAUCCGCAGCAUCAGCGUGGCAACAUCAGAAAGUGACUUCACUCGGCAUAGUGGUGACGACGGGUUGCUGGAAGAAGAACUCACAGAACAGGUUCCCACGGGCCUGUCAGUGAUUGAACGCAAUGCUCGGAUAAUCAAAUGGCUGUACACAUGCAAGAAAGCCAAGGAGAACAAAAACACGCUGCAGGAGUUCGCAUGAGGUCUUCCUUUCCCAAAAAGUAUCGUAGCAAGAACUGAAGUAUUCUCUGAACUAAUCAGAACAUGGAUUUGCUGCAACCAUUUCAGCCAUUUUCCCUCAGUUGUGUAAUUGUGACCCACAACCCAACAACAAUACGUUAGACUGAACCACAACCUGAAUCUGGGAGUCAAUAAUAGCUUCUGGGAAAAGGAGGAGCGGCCAUUCUGAAAUCGGUAGAACUGCAACUCAUUGCCAAAUAACACCACUAUGAGCAAACUGAUGGUUAAAGCCAUGUUGGUUUGUACACAGCUGAAUUUUCUGAUUAGCUAUCCAUCAGCAAAAAAGAAACCUGGAAAUAACCUCUGAGUGCUGCUUCUUGUGGAUGAUUUUCCACAUGGAUAUCGCUAACAUAACGAGAAUAACUGAUUAGCCAUCAUGUAUGGCAAUUAUAUGGCAGUUUUGCUGGGUGCGGAGAAGUUGCAAGGAGCAGAGAUUUCCCAAACACGUACAUAGAGCAAAAAAGAGGUGUGUGUGGUUGUCUUGCAUUAUUAAUGAGUGUAUGGUUUUCCAACUUAGGAAUGACAUUUUAGCUCCUUUCAAUGGUUUAUGUUGUUAACUAUGAUCACUUUGUGGAACCAAGAAUCAUCUGUUCUGUUUUGUCUCAAUUAAUGCUGGUUUAAUUACCUUUGCUAUGGCCAGGCCUUUCUGUCGGUGGCAGUGAUGAGGGCAACACUAGAAAAGCAACCAGGAUUAAGUCAGGAUAUCCAUAUCUAUGUUCAGAUUUCUUGCAAACUUACUAUGGUUAUAAACCAACUUCAGAGUUUCACAUCCUAGUAUGAUGAAGCCUACCCAGAACUAUGAUGGUUGGAGCAUCUAAGUCCUGUGUUCUAUCUCUGGCCAAGUGGUAAAUGAUGUGGAAGACCUUUAUGUGAGACUGGAGCUGAUGGCAGUCAGAAUACGCAACACUGACCUUGAUGAACCAGUAUGGUUCAGUAUAAGGCAGCUUCAUGUUCAAUUUGUUCAACUAACCGUAUUUAGCAGAGUGGCCUGGCUCAGAUGAUCACCCUAACCAGAGCUAGUUUGAUUUGUUUGGUUUUGAGAUAAGUCUGGAGAUGUCAUGAACCGAAAUAUGAACAAAGUUCGUCAUGAACCGGACUGUUUUUUGGUUUGCAAACCAGUGGUUUGUUGGAGGGCAUUUCUGACAAACCACAAUGAACUGCUAUGAUUUUUAGGCCAGUUCAUUUGGUUCAUUUUUUGGUUUGACACUGCAGACAGCCUGGUGCCUACCAGUUUCCUAGGCAAUGGGGGAUGGGCUUUCUGCAGACCUUCUGGUGCCCUGAAAGAGACGUAUUCACAAACCAAAUGAACUGAUUUGUGAACCGGGCAAUUUCAUGCUGUUUCAUGGUUUGUGAAAUGCGAUGAACCACGAACCACAAUAAACUGCCAUUUUCCCAGUUCGUGCCCAUCUCUAGUCUGAACUAAAACAGAGCCUUUGUAUGAAGUAGCCAUGAGGUUGGAAUACACUGUGACAAAGCAUCCACCUUCAUUUCUAACAGAAAUCUGCUUUCCAUACUAAUUAAAUGCUCUGCUGGGGUACAUAAAAGAACAGUCUUUCCAGACUAUGCAAUGACACCACAAGAAAGCCAGCAUGGUGUGGUGUUUACAGUGUUAGGCUGUGAUCUGGGAGAACCAGGUUCAAAUCCUCACUCUGCCAUGAAAGGUUGCUGGGUUCCCUUGGGCCCAUCACAAACUCUCAGCCUAACUUAUCCCACAGGUUUGUUGCAGGGAUAAAAUGGAGGAGAUGAGAAUGAUGUAAGCCACCUUGCCCCCCCCUUGGGGAGAAGGUGGGGGUAUAAAUAAAGUAAAUACAUAUUUUAAAGAAAUGCAAACCUUUUUACACUCCAUGGGUACUUAAUCAGUUCUUUUUUUGCAUUGUGGAAAGCUCUAUCUCCAGCUUUGCUCUGUUUUGGGUGAAAUAUAGCCAACAAAAGAAUACAGAAGGAUGGAUAGGGCCAUACCUAACAGUCUCCUUCUGCCCUUCUCUUGCACUUUCUGAAAAGCCAUUCCUGAAGCCUGGGAGAUCCUCCAGAGUAAGAACUGGUGAUGCAUGGGAAUACAGCCAAAAAAGAGAAUUCGUCUCCUCCCCAUGAGUAUGUUGAUGCUCUGGGUUGUUUGGAUCCCAGCCAUAAUCUUGGCAUGGUAUCAAAUGAUACUGCAGACACAACGGGGCUGCUAUUUAUUGGGAAAGACCACUGCAUUUUUAUAGGACAGCAGAGAUGCAAAGUAAAAUGUGUGGUCUAGACAGGCCUGCAGGCACACAGCUGUCUGGAGUAGUUACAGUAUCAAGGCAAAGAUGGCUUCUGACUAGGGCUUUCCAAACAGGGCUUGCUUCUCCACCCCUUGGAAGUGGCUGUCAUUUUCUGCAACAGCCAGCAAGCGCAAACAAGCCUUCCCCUGUUAUUUCACUCCCCCACACAACUUUUCCUGCACUUCCAAAUACCACAAAAAUCUGCAGCAUACAUUUUACUGAUGGGAGGUUAGGAACAGUGACUUUGGGGGCAAAUGUUUUAAAAAUUGAACACCCUUCAUAUCCAAACUCAUAGCAUCGAAAUGGCUGGUUUGAGGAUUCAAUCCUAAUAAUGGGAUUUACUUCUGAGAAUACAUGGUUAGGAUUGCAUGGGUAGUUAACUUUUUUUACCAAACAACUUAUUUUGUUUUGUAAAGCAUAAUUGCCACUGAGAUUCGUUUUUGAUAAAAAUUUGGACAGCAAAACAAUGCAGAGGAAUGGAUAGGCCCUUGAUCUUUCUGUAUGCUUCAGAAUUUCAGGCCAUAUCAACUUACAAUAUUACUAAACAAAACCUAUUCUGAACGUUCCUGAGAUGGUGCCAGCCAGCCAGUCCAGGAAUGGCAUGCUGGAGCUGAAAAAAACAGAAAACAGCUCAUGCUAUGUGAUUCAGUUAUGCCAGAGCAACUCUCAUCUCACUUGAAUACAGUUUGGUCUCUGGUUUCUGAUUUUAGUUAAUGAAAUGCUAAAGCAGGAUUUGGGGAAUGCUGGCCACUUUGGAUUAUGGCUGCCAGAGGUAAGGAGGUCUUUAAUUUUAAAAGAUGGCUGCUAUAUAUAUAAAAAACCCUUUGCUUUUGGAUAUUAGCAGCCAUAUAUAUAUAAAUCAUAUAUAUAUAUAUGAUUCCAAAGAAUCAUAUUAACUUAUGGUUGUUGUGGAUUUUCCGGGCUGUAUAGCUGAGGUCUUGGCAUUGUAGUUCCUGACAUUUCGCCAGCAGCUGUGGCUGGCAUCUUCAGAGGUGUAGCACCAAAAGACAGAGAUCUCUCAGUGUCACAGUGUGGAGAAGAUGUUGGCAGGUAAAGAACAGAGUAGAUGUACUUUCUUGUUCUGAAGUGUUUCCAAUCUCCGGGUCUGUUGAAAUGUUUCCUCCCCGUAGAGGUGUUCGAUAUAUUGUCGAAGGCUUUCAUGGCUGGAGAACGAUGGUCAUUGUGGAUUUUCCGGGCUGUAUAGCCGUGGUCUUGGCAUUGUAGUUCCUGACGUUUCGCCAGCAGCUGUGGCUGGCAUCUUCACACAACAUCUUCCACAACAACCAUCGUUCUCUGGCUGUGAAAGCCUUCGACAACAUAUUAACUUAGUUUUGCCAACUCGGGCGGGGGGGUUCCUGGAGAUUUGGGGGUGGAGAGGGAAGGGAACUCUGUAGGAUAUAAUAAGAUGAAGUCCACCCUCCAAAGCAGCCAUUUUCUCAAGGGCAGGGCUUUCUUUCAGGGGGAACGCAGGGGAACGGAGUUCUGGAACCUCUUGAAAAUGGUCACAUGGCUGGUGGCACCGCCCCCUGAUCUCCAGGCAGAGGGGAGUUUAGAUUGCCCUCUGCCUGGAGAUCAGGGGGGAGGGCCACCAGCCAUGUGACCAUUUUCUCCAAGGGCAACCCACUGAGUUCCACCACCUCUUUCCCCAUAAAAAAAGCCCUGCUCAAGGGGAAUGGUUCUCCGUGGUCUGUGAUCAGUUGUAAUUCUGGGAGAUCUCCAGCUACCACUUGGAAGUUGGCAAGUCUAACUCCAGCAUCUGUAACUUUACUUGGGCAUGGUUUACUCUUAACUUGAGUCAGAGACUCCUGUCAGAACAGUAUUUAUUUCUCAAAAUUAUGCUGUGUGUUAUAUUUAUGUUCUGCCACUGUAUUUGGUACAGGCGAGGGAAGAACUCUUCUGCUCAAAGCUGAAAAAAUGAGUGGAGUGCCCUGGUAUGUUUUUGUUCAGCCCAAGGUCUCAGCCACAUACUGCAACCAGCAGAGGAAUGUGGGGGUUCCUUUGCCAUCCCAAUAAGAGACCCACAACAAGCUCUUUCCAAUUACUCGCCACGUUGCACCAAAGAAACAGCUAACCUUACUGAAAUACUGAAAGUGAAAUAAGCACCUGAUGAGCACUUUUCUGUGUCUUUUUUAAUUCUGUAAAAUGUAUGUGUAAAAAGAAAGGGUUUAAAUAUGUUAAUUUAGAACAUUUCUUUUAAAAGAUAGAACUCUAGACCCAUAAUCCUUGAAUCUGUUCCUGAUUCAAAGGUUCUAGUAGGCAUGUAGAGUACCCAACCCAAUUCAAUGGAAGAGAUUAAUCGGCACAAGCAUGCUGUGGAGUACAUGGAGCAGAUCCCAGUUACUGGAAUAUGUGGAGAUACACAUAUCUCUAGGAGCUCUGUGCAUGCAUCAGAAGAUCUAUGGACCUCUGGAUUUGUACACAUGAUUGCAAGGAUGAUUAAAUAUAUUUUAUUUUUAAUUUAUUCCAGUGUUAGGAAGCUAAAACCAGCACUUUAAGUGCUCAUUAAUAAAUUUAUGUGAGUUAAAAAAAAAUCCUUAUUAGUCAGUAGACAGAUGUUAUUCUCAGUCACUGCAUCCCAUUUUGCCUUGGAUGUUCCGAUGUUAUUAUGUAUCUCUUUAGGUUGUCUUUUAUGAACUGUUCUCUCAGAGCAGCUGAUGCUUACAAGAAAUGUUUUUAUAAAAGUGCAUUGUUGUUCUACCUUAUGCUUAAUGCCUGGAUGUUGUUGUGAAAUAAAUAUAUCAUCUUCCAUUAUAG